UCUCUGUUCCAAUUGUGGUGUUUGACAUAGCGAAAUUCACACCAUUAAACCUCUCCCUGGACCGACUAUAUGUCUAUAUAAACCCAACCCAACCUCAGUCUUUUCAAUACCAUUAAAGAUGGCCUUCCUGGCACCACCGCCGUCUAAACUUAAGCCAUUUUCCGUCGUACGCCCAUUUCGCCGGCAAACCAAGUGCCCUGUUCUGUCAAAUGCAGUCAAGUAUGAAAGUCCCAACAAAUUUUCACCAAAACUUGGACUGCAAUUUUGCUGCGACAAGGAAAAAGGUAGAAUUGGGGGGAGAGCGUUCCCAAUUGUGAUGGCGGCGGCGGCGAAAGAUUCCGGGUUUGGGAAAAUCCUGUUCUCCGACGUGGAGGUGAAGCGUCCGAGGAAUGUGUUUUCCGGCAGGCGGUGGAAUUCUUUGGAUGUGGCCACGGCGGCGGUUUUAGCGGUCAUGCAUGUGCUCUGUCUGUUUGCGCCUUUCACGUUCAGUUGGGGCGCUUUUUGGGCGGCGUUUGGGCUUUACGUCAUAACCGGACUUCUGGGUAUCACGCUUUCUUUCCAUAGGAAUCUUUCUCAUAGGAGCUUCAAGCUGCCCAAAUGGCUUGAGUACUUCUGUGCCUAUUGUGGUGUUCAAGCCCUUCAAGGAAAUCCAAUUGAUUGGGUGAGUACUCAUAGGUACCACCACCAAUUCUGUGAUACUGAGAGGGAUCCUCACAGUCCCUAUGAAGGGUUUUGGUUCAGUCACAUGAAUUGGCUCUUUGACACCAAUGCUGUUGUUGAGAAGUGUGGAAGGCCUGCGAAUGUGGGGGAUUUGGAGAAGCAGCCAUUUUAUAAGUUCAUUGAGAAAACUUACAUUAUCCAUCCUAUCCUGCUUGCAGCUUUGCUAUAUGCUGUGGGAGGAUUCCCUUAUAUUGUGUGGGGCAUGGGGGUGAGAAUUGUGUGGGUGAACCACAUUACCUGGUUUGUGAAUUCAGUAUGCCAUGUUUGGGGAAGUCAGCCCUGGAACACCGGCGAUCUUUCUAGGAAUAACUGGUGGGUGGCGAUUCUGGGGUUCGGGGAGGGUUGGCAUAACAACCACCAUGCGUUCGAGUAUUCAGCCCGGCACGGCUUGGAGUGGUGGCAGGUGGACAUGACAUGGUACGUAGUGAAGGCCAUGGAGGCUGUUGGUUUGGCCAGUGAUAUCAAGCUGCCCACGGAAGUGCAUAUGCGAAAAUUGGCUUAUCCACAACAGUCUUGAUAUGAUGCUGGUUUGGGCCUCCAUGUUCUCCAACGUUGAACGUCAUAUGAUUGAGAAAUUUGACACUGAGAUACCAACUUAACGUAACGGUACUUUUGGAUUUCAGUGGUUGAGAUCGAGGGUCGGAAUUUUGGGGCUUCUUGUAUUCAUACCUAACAUUCAUAUUUUAAAUAUGGAUCAUGUUUUAAAUAUGCGCUCUACCGUCCACCUAAUAGCUAGUCUAAUAUUACCUUAACAACUUUUAUUUUUAUUUUUAAUGUUUCUUUUAUAUGUUAAUAAUAAAAAUAAGACUUAAUGUGCGUGAAUAUUACCCUACAAGCACAUCAUGUUUAGCAACAUUAAACUCCCACAUCUACUUUUAUUUACUUUAUAUUAUAUUUAUAAAUUGAGUUUUUUUUUUUUUCAAAAUGGUCGAUCAGCUAUUUCUCAUUCCCAAUUUCGCAUUUUGACUUUCAAUUGCACCAAAUGUGCUCUCUUGACUUUAAAAAAAAUAAAUAAAAAAUAAAAAUCACCCAAUUCAGUCUUUCGUUAUGUAUUUCGUCUAUUCAGCUUUAAAGUCUUUCAUUAUGUAUUUCGACUACUCAGCUUUAAAGUGAAAGGCAUUUUUGUCUGUUUAUCUACUGUGCACCUAAUAUACAUCGAGAAAUAGUCGAGGGGCCAUUUUGACCUGAGGGACAGUGACCCGAGGGGGAGGGAGACCGCGCAUGCAACCUAUCUCAAGUAGAGCAUCAGGGACUAAGGGCUCGGUACGAAUAUUGACCUGAUUAUUCAGGAAGGACCGAAGGUGCGUAGCAAGCGGGGCCAUGUCGGGCACCUUAAGCUUGGAGAGAUACCCCCCAGGGUACCUCGAAAGGAAGGACAGGGCCAGUGGAGAUAAAAACGAACUUGGGUUUCUAGUGUUUGUUGAAACCCUUGAUAUCCUCGAAAAGCUUCAGCUUAGCGCGAGCCGAAAUCGCCACAAAGCCCUUGCUUUGGGCCCCGCCCUAGCUGCUGCUGAAAGAGGCUAAGGGAUGGGGGAACAGACAUCUAACUACACCUAACUAGAUAGGCGGAUAGAAUCCUGUGGGAGUUGGGCACUAGCUGUCCUAAGGCUAUGUGAUGAUGAUUGAGGAACUCUAUCACGAACGGGUGCAAGGGGGAAACAAGACCCAUCUGGAAAGAAAUAAGGUGUACCCGAAGUGAUGUGGGGAGGCCAAUUCUUCCGCAACAAGUAGAAAAGGGAGCACAUUGGAUGGCUUCGGAUCAAUUUUUGGUAGCUUAGGAUUCCACUCAAGGAGGGAGAGGAGCAGCAGAGUGCACAAUGGAGCAAGAAACAAAGAAAAAGCUGGAAAAUGAAGGGAAACGGGGACCCACACGAGCGUGUGGGCCCUUGUUUCAGUCCGGCUCAGAAUCGAAAACGCUGAGGACCGAAACGGCCCAUGACACGCCCGUGUCCCUACCCGUUUCGGUCUGUACUGUUCUGUUUAUGCGCAUGUUGCUGCAUUUUUGUCAUAUUCCGAACCCUAGCUAGUUUAUACUCUCUCUAAUAUUUUCCAUAACCACUUUUAGCUUAGAAUAGCCUAGAUCUAUAUUGGAGAACACUUUUGCAAGCAUCUUUUGGUGGAUUUGGAAGGGAUUCCAACAACUUUUCUUCAUCAUUAAUAGUAAAACUCUCAUUUCCUUU